AAUCAGAACAGCACCAUGGAGGACUGGCAGGAGGAUCAUGAAGAGGGGCUGGAGGAUGCUCUGGAACAGGAGGAGUAUGAAGACCCAGAUGUCCCUGUGCUUCAGGUGGAGGAGCCAGUAGCUGAUUACGCUGAGCCGACAGCCACAGACUACGACACCAGCCCAGACCCAGACGCCACAUCGCGCGCAGCCACCCACGAGGUGUACGUGGAGCUGCAGGAGCUGGUGAUGGAUGAGAAGAACCAGGAGUUGCGGUGGAUGGAGGCAGCGCACUGGGUGCGGCUGGAGGAGAACCUGAGGGAGGAUGGGGUCUGGAGCCGCCCGCACCUGUCCUACCUCACCUUCUGGAGCCUCCUGGAGCUGCAGAAAGCCUUUGCCAAGGGUACCGUCCUCCUGGAUCUGCCAGAGACCUCCCUGGCGGGAGUGGCCAACCAGCUGCUGGACGGGUUCAUCUACGAGGAGCAGAUCCGGCCUGAGGCCCGAGACCUGCUGCUCCGAGUCCUGCUGCUCCCACACAGCCAUGCCGGAGACCUGGAGGCCCUGGAGGGUGUGAAGCCCACGGUUCUGAUGCGUUCCGGGAACCCCUCACAGCCUCUGCUCUCCCAGCACCCCUCGUUAGAGAUGGAGCUCUUCUGUGAACAGGGCACAGAAGGGCAUUCCCCGUCUGGAAUUCUAGAGAAGAUUCCCCCAGAUUCGGAGGCCACCCUGGUGCUCGUGGGCCGAGCAGAGUUCCUGGAGCGCCCGGUGCUGGGCUUCGUGCGGCUGCAGGAGGCCACGGAGCUGGAGGCUGUGCGGCUCCCCGUGCUUGUUCGCUUCCUCUUUGUGCUGCUGGGACCCGAGGCCCCCAACAUCGACUACACCCAGCUCGGUCGGGCGGCGGCCACCCUCAUGUCUGAGAGGGUGUUCCGCACAGAUGCUUACCUGGCUCAGAGCAAGGCGGAGCUGGUCCGCAACCUGGAGGGCUUCCUGGACUGCAGCCUGGUGCUGCCUCCCUGCGAAGCCCCCUCCGAGCAGGCCCUGCUCAGUCUGGUGCCCCUGCAGAAGGAGCUGCUGCGGAGGCGCUACCUGCUCAGCCCCGCCAAGCCUGAGCCCCGCUUCUACAAGGGUCUGGAUUUGUAUGGGGGCCCAGGGGCCCCUGCUGGGCCAGACGACCCUCUGCAGCGGACAGGCCUGCUCUUUGGGGGCCUGGUGCGUGACAUCCGGCGCCGCUACCCCCACUACUUGAGUGACAUCACAGACGCGUUCAGCCCCCAGGUCCUGGCUGCUGUCAUCUUCAUCUACUUUGCUGCCUUGUCACCUGCCAUCACCUUCGGCGGCCUCCUGGGAGAAAAGACCCAGAACCAGAUGGGGGUGUUGGAGCUGCUCAUCUCCACUGCGGUGCAGGGCAUUCUCUUCGCCCUGCUCGCGGCUCAGCCACUGCUUGUGGUUGGCUUCUCAGGACCCCUGCUCGUGUUUGAAGAAGCCUUUUUCUCGUUCUGCACUAACUACAACCUGGAGUACAUCGUGGGCCGCGUGUGGAUCGGCUUCUGGCUGGUCCUGUUCGUGGUGCUCAUAGUGGCCUUCGAGGGCAGUUUCCUGGUCCGCUUCAUCUCCCGCUACACCCAAGAGAUCUUCUCCUUUCUCAUCUCCCUCAUCUUCAUCUAUGAGACCUUCGUCAAGCUGAUCAAGAUCUUCCAGGACCAUCCACUUCAGAAGCAUUAUGACCACAAUGUGACAGUGGUGCCCAAACCUCAGGGUCCCCUGCCCAACACAGCCCUCCUCUCCCUUGUGUUCAUGGCUGGCACCUUCUUCUUCGCCAUGAUGCUGCGAAAGUUCAAGAACAGCUCCUACUUCCCUGGCGUGCUGCGACGGGUCAUUGGGGACUUCGGGGUCCCCAUCUCCAUUCUGAUCAUGGUCAUGGUGGAUUUCUUCAUCGAGGACACCUACACCCAGAAACUCAGUGUGCCUAAAGGCCUCUCAGUGUCCAACUCCUCAGCCCGGGGCUGGGUCAUCCACCCACUGGGCAUAUAUUCGCAUUUCCCCAUCUGGAUGAUGUUUGCCUCCGCCCUGCCUGCCAUGCUGGUCUUCAUCCUCAUCUUCCUUGAGUCCCAGAUCACCACGCUGAUUAUCAGCAAACCGGAGCGUAAGAUGAUCAAGGGCUCUGGCUUCCACCUGGACCUGCUGCUGGUCAUAGGCAUGGGCGGUGUGGCUGCCCUCUUUGGGAUGCCCUGGCUCAGUGCCACCACUGUUCGUUCUGUCACCCACGCCAACGCGCUCACUGUCAUGGGCAAGGCCAGCGCCCCAGGGGCUGCAGCCCAGAUUCAGGAGGUCAAGGAGCAGCGGAUCAGUGGGCUCCUGGUUGCUGUGCUCGUAGGCCUGUCCAUCCUCAUGGGGCCCAUCCUGUCCCGCAUCCCCCUGGCUGUGCUGUUUGGCAUCUUCCUCUACAUGGGGGUCACGUCCCUCAGCGGCAUCCAGCUCUUUGACCGCGUCUUGCUUCUGUUCAAGCCGUCCAAGUACCACCCAGAUGUGCCCUACGUCAAGCGGGUGAAGACCUGGCGCAUGCACUUGUUCACGAUCAUCCAGAUCAUCUGCCUGGCAGGACUGUGGACGGUGAAGACCUUCCCCAGCACCUCGCUGGCCCUGCCCUUCGUCCUGAUCCUCACGGUGCCUCUGCGCCGCCUCCUGCUGCCGCUCAUCUUCAGGACGCUGGAGCUCCAGUGUCUGGAUGCUGACGAUGCCAAGCCGACCUUCGAUGAAGAGGAGGGUCGGGAUGAAUACAACGAGGUGACCAUGCCCGUGUGA